ACGUUUGAAAGGAACCGAUGCCGUUUCGCCAGUAUCGGCGUCUACAGCGACGGAUCCACGGACCCCGGGCGAAAUGACGGGAGCGCCCAUGACAGAGCCAGGGGUUGCAGCGCAUUGGGCAUCUAUAUCUGUGGUGGCUGGUGAGGGCGCGUAGAACUCCAUUCUUGCUGGCCGCCGAGACAGAGAGCCGGGCAGCGUCACUUCACCAGCGAGAGGAGAGCAAGCGUCAGGUCUUUCGAAGUCCGGUUGCUGUUGUCCUGCACACUGAGAGAGCAGGGGAGACUAGUGAACAUGGCUGGGGAUCCAGAGGUGGAGGAAGCGGCGGAGUGGGGAGGUGCAGGCAUACGCUCCGUGCUGACCAUGGGCUCUCUGGUCUCUCCCUCCGGGCACGAGGUGUCUUCUUCGCAGGUGCAUUUUCCAGAGAUCGAGGGCAAGAUCAUAGGCCUCUACUUCGCCGCAAACUGGUACCCGAAGUGUGAGGCCUUCACCCCGGUGCUGGCCGCGGCCUACCACCAGCUCAAGGAUCGCGGCGACGGCUUCGAGGUCGUCCUGGUGUCGUGCGACGAGGACCGGCCGUCCUUCGAGCGGUUCCACCGCACCAUGCCGUGGCCGGCCGUGCCCUUCGGCGACCUCCGGUGCAAGAAGCGCCUCAGCGAAAGGUUCCAGGUCGAGGGCAUCCCGCGCCUGGUGGUGCUCGCCCCGGACGGCGAGGUCGUACACCCGGACGCCGCUGACCUCGUGCACCGCUACGGCGAGAGGGCGUUCCCGUUCACGGCGGCGAGAGUGGCGGAGCUGGAGGCCGACGAUCAGCGCAAGUACGCGUCCCAGACGUUGGAGAAGCUCUUCUCCAUCGACGGGAGAGGCUACGUGAACGCUAAAAAUGAGCAGGUUCCCAUCUCGAGCCUGGUCGGGAAGACGGUGGGGCUCUACUUCUCGGCGCACCGGUGCGCGCCGUGCAUCAAGUUCACCGCGAAGCUGGCGGCCAUAUACAGCAACCUGAAGGGCAAGGCCGAGGACUUCGAGAUCGUGUACAUCCCCAUGGACAAGGAGGAGGACGGCUACCUGCGGUCGUGCAGCGACAUGCCGUGGCUGGCGCUGCCGUACGACGGCGCGCCGUCGCGGGUGCUGGCCAGGUACUUCGACGUCCGGGAGAUCCCAACGCUGGUGGUGAUCGGGCCCGACGGCAAGACGGUGACGAGGGACGGCAGGAACCUGGUGAACCUCUUCUUCGACAUGGCGUUCCCGUUCACCGACGCGCAGAUCAGGCUGCUGCAGGAGAUGGAGAACGAGGAGGCCAAGGGGUACCCGCAGUCGCUGCACCACCUGGGCCACCGCCACAAGCUCAGCAUCGUGUCGGAGAAGUCCGGGGGAGGGCCCUACAUCUGCUGCGAGUGCGACGAGCAGGGGCUCGGCUGGGCGUACCAGUGCAUCGCCUGCGGCUACGAGAUACACCUCAGGUGCGGCCGGAACGCGGAGGGUGGCAGCGCUGGAACCGGCUAGCAGCAUAUUAACAGGAGCGCAGGUAUCUAGACUAGCUAGCUGUAUAUUGGACAUGAUUUGUGCUUUGUUCUCAACAAACGUCAGCGUGAUCUUGUCAAGUCUGAUGCUAAAACAGAUGAGAAUGCCACUGUAUAAGGCUUUAGGGGUGGCUUGAGUGCAGAAGAAAUGCAGCUGCAGCCGUUGCGUAUGUUCAAGCAAA